AUGACGGCGAGCCAUCUCACCGCCGAUGGAGAACAAGAAAAAUACGAGGAAAUAUUUUGCCCGUUAGAAUUAACCAGAGGAAUACAAAGCCAGUUGAUUUUUCUAUUAGUGUUGAACACAAUUCUGUCUAUCACCGCGUUUCUCGGCAAUACUCUGAUCCUACUAGCCCUCAAGAAAGUGACAUCUCUUCAUCGACCCUCUAAACUCUUGUAUCGUAACCUAGCCGCAACUGAUCUCUGUGUUGGUGUCAUUGUGGCACCAGUGGGCGUCAUUUACUUGAUCGCAGUUGUAACCGGACGAUGGAACAUUUGUCGCCAUGCGUUCUUUGCAAGUUAUAUCUCAGGACAUAUUUUGUGUGGGGUGACUUUGUCGACAGUGACGGCCAUCAGCUUGGACAGGCUUCUAGCGCUGUUGUUGAGGCUCAGAUACAGACAACUGGUAACUUUGAAGAAGACCUAUCUAAUUGUAACUGCGUUAUGGAUUGUGCCCGUUGUCUGCACUACAAUGCACUUCUGGAAUUCCCAAGUAACCACAUGGUACGGCUCUAUACUGACAUCACUGUGCCUAGUCUUAUCGACUGCUUCUUUUGGGAAAAUUUUCCAUGCUCUCCGUCAUCAACAAAUUCACGUGCAGAAUCAAUUCCACCAAGGACAGUCACACGAAGCAAAUCUAUUCAACAUGGCGCGCUACAGAAAGGCAGUAUCUAGUGCACUAUGGGUGCAGUUGGCAUUAGUUAUUUGUUAUCUGCCGAUAGUCAUAGUGGAGGCUUUGACAAUUCAAGGAUUGCCUUCAUCUGUUGUCAUUGCUAAAGAGUUUGCAGGGACUUUAGUCUUUCUAAACUCAACAUUAAACCCGAUAUUAUACUGCUGGAAGAUGAAUGAAGUUAGACAAGCGGUGAAAGAAAUAAUUGGAGAACUUGGAUGUUUAUUCUGUCUGCGUUGUUUAGCUUGGUAG